CGACCAUAGAACUGUGUUGUGGUUGUUAUUCUCUAAAGGACAGAGAGCAUGAAAAUUAAGGACAAACAAAACAUAAAAAAACUGCAGAAAAUGGCUAAAGAAUCUUCUGUUGCUGAAAAGAAUCCAGCAGAAGCUAUUGCAUUCAAUAGAAGAGCCUUUGGACGUACAAAUUACAAAUUUUCGAUUUCCUUAGUGGUUGCUAUUUUAUUGGUUUGGAGUUUUAAAUUUUUGCAUCAAAAUUUUUUUUAUUUAGAUGAUUUUUCAUACUUUAAGAGGAUUUCUAGUAAACUCUUGGAAAAUAGAGGACAUAUAUUAGAUGGAUUUGGAGAGUUUAGUUCUACUUUUGAGCCGGAUGAAACACAUUUGAAAACCGGAGAACAUGGAGCAGUGACUAGCGAUGUUGAAGUCUGUUCGAAAUUGGGGGUAUCGAUCUUAAGAGACCAUGAAGGAAAUGCAGCCGAUGCAGCAGUUACAGUUGGUUUAUGUAUUGGGUUAAUUGAAUCGUUUAGUGCUGGUAUUGGGGGAGGAGGAUUUAUUUUGUCGUCGAACUACGAUAAAGAUGAAGUUAUAACGAUCAAUGCAAGGGAAAUGGCACCAAGAAAAGCAUAUAAAGAUAUGUUUAAUUACCAAGAAGACAAAGCUAAGUUUGGAGGGCUAGCUAUAGCUAUUCCAGGGGAGUUGAAAGGGUUGUAUACGUUGUAUGAAAAGCAUGGCUCGGGAAAUGUUUCGUGGAGGGAGUUGAUAUUGCCUGUGAUUGAAUUGGCUGAGAAUGGAUGGAAUGCUAGUGUUGUUUUAGAAAAAGUUGCAUUAAGAUUAGGUGAAGCUAUAUUAAAGAAUCCAGAUGAUUGGGAUUUUCUAAUUAAUAAAGACAAUGAGAAUAAUUUAAUUAAAGAAGGCGAUUUAAUUCAAAGGAAGAAUUUUGCCAAUACAUUAAGGUUGAUUGCCAAUAAUGGAAGUGAUUUAAUUUUUUAUGAUCCUGAGGGACCAAUAGUCAAUUCAUUGAUUAAUGUUAUAGAAAGACAUGGAGGGAUUAUAACGAAAGAAGACUUUGAGAAUUAUUAUGUUAAAGUUGAGCCAGCAUUAAAGACAUCUUUUAAGAAAUCACGAUAUGAUGUAUAUACAACCUCAUCCAGUGCAUGUAGUGGAGCAGCCUUGAUUGCUGCGAUUAAUAUUCUUGACGGGUUUCCUCUAGAAGAUUUGGAAGAACAAUAUGAUUUAGAACCAAUCGCUACACAGAGAUUGGUUGAGACAAUGAAAUGGUUGGCAUCAGCUAGAUCGUUGAUGGGGGAUAAUGAUGAUGAUGACAAAGUAGGUAAACAGAGAAUUGAGGAGGUUUUGAGUGAAGACUGGUCGGACAAAGCUCGAAUGAAGAUUAAUGAUAACUUUACACUAAGUAGCUGGAAAGAUUAUAAGCCUGCGUAUGAAAUCAAUGAGCCCCAUGGAACAACCAGUUUUUCGAUAGUUGAUAAAUAUGACAAUGCGAUUUCCAUGAUAUCAACAGUCAAUUUAUAUUUUGGGUCUAUGGUUAUUGACCGUAAAACUGGAAUUAUAUUGAAUGAUGAGAUGGACGAUUUUUCAAUACCAACAAAAGAAAACGAGUUCAAAUUACAGCCUUCGAUAUUCAAUUUCAUUAAACCAUUCAAAAGACCAUUAUCAUCAUCGGCACCAGUGAUAAUUAAAGACAAAAAGAAUGGGAAUUUGCCAGAUUUAGUUUUAUCAGCUAGUGGCGGCAGUAGAAUUACAACGUCGAUUUUACAGGCUAUUAUAAGAAUAUACCAUUACGAUAUGACAUUGUUAGAAAGCAUAUCCUUCCCCAGAUUGCACCACCAACUACUUCCCAACGAGAUAUUGGUUGAAAAAGAGACGGAUUAUUUUAGGUUCAAUAGCAGCGAUGAGAAGUAUAAAAGAAUGAUUAAGGAAAUGAGAGAAAAGGGACACAAGAUUGAGCUCAUCAGCUCAGUUAGUGCGAUGAAUGGAAUCAAAAGAAGGCAGACCAAGUUGGAGGCAGUUGCCGAUUGGUGGAGGAAAAGAGGUGGUGGAUGGUGCUACUGAACGAAAAACCAUGUAAUUUAUGUUUAUGGUUGUGAUUUGAGUUUGUGCAGACUUUUUUUUCGAUUUUCGACUUUUUGAAUUUUCCAGCCAAACUUUUCAUUUUGGUUUUGUUGUGAAAUUGAUCAAUGUUUUUUUUAGAUAGUUUAAGGUUGGUAGAUCUCUGUUCAGGCCCGCUGAUUUAUGCGUAUUUUCAGCAGGAACUGCUGCGGGAAAAAGAGUCCCGCAUAUUUUUAAUCAAACAUACAAUUGAAUUGAUAUUUCAGUGAUUUUCG